UCUGCCUAGACACUCACCUAACCUAUAAAAGUUGACGGAUGGAAAUUGGACAGAUAGAGCAUAAAUAUUUUGAUUUUGAUCUUCCAAUAUUCCAAUAAUAAUUAUUGUAUAUUGCGAACAUUGCGGUAAUACGAUGUCUUUGUUCAAAAAGCCUAAAAAGACUAUUCAGAGAAGAGUAUUCACUGAACAUGAGGACGAUGAAGAGGAGUCAAUGGAUUUCCAAGAAAUUACGGCGGCUCCGGUAGAAAAGAAGCUGAAGAAAAAAGAUAAAUUGUCCAAACCACAAACCAUAUUGAGUUUUGAUGCUGAAGAAGAAGGCGAAGUGUUUCAAGUCAAAAAAUCAUCACAUAAUAAGAAGGUUUUACGAAUGUUUGAGAAGGAAAAGAAGAAAAAAGAAUCUAAAACUGAAAGAGAUACCAAGCCUAGGGACAAAACUGAAAUUGUCACUGAUGAUUUAGUAUUGGUAGUGAACGCCAGUCAUAAAAAACCUCCUACUCCACCGCCUCUCAUUAUAAGUGGCAGAGAUGCACUGUUUGUUGGAAAAGAUGAUUUGUCAUCUGAGGAUGAGGAACCAGAGCAUCGAUUUUCGAAACCCGAUAAUGUCAAAAAGGUGCUCGAAUCAGGAGCGAUUCCUGAUGCUGCUAUGAUUCACGCUGCCAGAAAGCGUAGACAGAGAGCUAGAGAGCUAGGAGACUUCAUCCCGACAGAAGAAGAAGAACCGGAAGACAAAGGACGAUUGCUUCGAGAGGACGAUAAUGAAGGCAGCGACGAAGAAAGAAUCGACAUGGACGUCAACCUGGCUCAGAGAGACCAGGACAGGCGCCGGGAACAGUUCCUCGCGGCCCAGGCCUCCGACCACGAAAUCGACGAGUGGGAAGACCAGCAGAUCAGGAAGGCGGUGACUGGAGCAGCGAUGGAGGCGGCCCGCGAAAUCCUCUUCCCGCCCGAGUGUCCUUCUCCGCCGCAAAUAUCGAUCCGGGCGCCUGCAAUGGAACCGGGGAUACCCAGAACGCCCCAGAUGAUAGCCGGCAAGCUGCGAGAGCACUUCGAGAGGGUGUCGGGUUCGCGGGAACGGCACAUGGAGCAGUUGGAGAAGACGCGGGAGGAUAUGCAGGAGGUCGUGAAGGAGCUGGAAGAGCUGAAGAUCAAGGCGCCCAAUGCGGCUGAGCGUUUCAGGUUCUACCAGGAACUUAGAGGAUAUAUCACAGACCUUGUAGAGUGCUUGGAUGAAAAAGUAGAAAUCAUCACCAAUUUAGAACAACGUUCCUUGGAUCUGAUGGCACGAAAAUCCGAAUGGUUGAUAGAAAGGAGAAGGCAGGACGUUCGAGAUCAAGCAGAAGAAGCGACCAACAAAGGUGUUGUGGUGAGGAAGGGACGGGAAGAGGAAGAGAAACAAAGAAGGGCCGCAGAAAGGGAGGGAAGAAGGACGAGGAGAAGAAGAGCCAGGGAAACGCCAGGACUACCGAAACACGUGGAAGGAAUGUCAAGUGAUGAAGAAAUAUCUCAGCAGGAUAUUCUUUGUUUCGAUAAGGAUAAAGAACAGAUCCAAUUAGAGCUACAACAAGUAUUCGAGGAUGUAGUGGAUGAAUAUUCUUCUGUGGCGAAUAUCCUCAUUCGAUUUGAACAAUGGAGGUCCACAGAUAUCACUGCAUACACCGAAGCCUAUGCUACCUUUUGCCUACCGAAAGUCGUCAGCCCAUUGGUAAGGUUGAACCUUGUAUUCUGGGAUCCCCUAAAUGAGACGAUCGAAUUAGAGAAAAUGGACUGGUAUAGGACCUUGGCUUUAUAUGGUUUGCAUGACGAUGAAACCGAAGAAACCUUAUCAAAGGACCCAGAUAUUUCCAUGCUCCCAACAAUCAUAGAAAAAGUAAUAAUUCCCAAACUAACACAUCUUGUCGAGAGAUGUUGGGAUCCUGUGUCAAGCUCACAAACGUUGAGGUUAGUGGGGAUGGUAGGUCGGUUGAUAAGGAAGUUCCCUUCAUUGGGGCCCGCAAGUAAGCCUUUGAACAAUAUGUUCGGCGCAAUUUUCCACAAAAUGAAAACAUCCUUGGAACAUGAUGUGUUCAUACCGAUUUCAGUGAAACUUGCUGAGAGCAAGUCGCCCUUCUUUCAACGUCAAUUUGCAAGUGGGCUCAAGUUGUUGAAGAAUAUUACUAGCUGGCAAGGUAUUCUCAACGACAAUAAUCUCAAAGAACUAGCUUUAACUUCACUUCUCGACCGGUAUUUGUUGAGUGCGCUGAAAUUCUGCGCUAUUGUGGAUGCCGUUCAUAAAGUGAGGUUGAUUACUCAGAUUCUUCCCAGGAUAUGGUUGGUGGGUAAUACGCCAGAAUUCAAAAUGUUUUCUGCUACACUGCUCAAUUUACAUCAACAGUUAGAUAAGAACAAUCCUUUGCAUUUGGAACCAAUUGAAAUCUUGACUAGUAUUUUGAAAACUUUGAGAUCUCAGAAUUAGGUGGCAUAUUUAUGUAUUAAUGAGUAAAUACUGUAAAUAGAUCAUUAAAAUUUAUCCGAGUAA